CGCGGCGUGAAAUUGGCAUAUGGAACACAGGUUGUCUUCCUUAGUGACCUCUCGAGCUAACAGAAGCUACGCUGUCUAGCCAUCGGUCCAUGAAGCAAGAUGACAGGCGUGUGUCUUGAAAAUACGUUUUCUCACUGUGAGGAGAUGAAGGCUGUCGGUGGGGGCUAUCGGUAUAACUACGCAGCUUCUAAAGCAACUGACAUCGAAGUAUCACAUAAUCAGACCGUAAUUGCCGCCUGUAUUGGAGCAAGCUGUGAAAGCGGACCAGAUGUGAUCGGUAUAAACCGCCUGUCGAUCAUCACAAGAAACUGCGUAAAUCUGACGGCGAAAGUAAUGUUCGAGUCAAAGCCAUGCCGAGAAACGCACUUUCGUUACUUUGUCGGAAACGGGGAGGAGAAGGAGAAGGAACUGGAACAACAACCGGAACAUCAGCCCUCACUAGUAAUCAUCGGUUGCAUAAUUGCUGUGGUAAUUGUGGCAUUUGUGUUCUACUUUGCACGCUUCAUGUGGAGACAAAAACGGAAGGAGGAGCAAAGGCCAGCCACAUGUUCUGAUUCUCUCAACCCCUUCCUGUUCUUUUCGUGUAGCAGUGAGGGGAUUUCUGAAAUGGAGAGCGGAGGAAAAACUAGAGUUCACUGUGAAACAGAGAGCAGCUCUCCCGAAGCCCACAGCAUGGAUCACCGCUUGAGCAAUGGGGCCACUCAAACAGCCGGGGUUUUAAGCCAGUCCAAAGGAGACCUUGAAGAUUUGUCUUCUGGUGCAGUGGAUGUCCCAGAAGCAAACACGGCUUCAGAUAAUCUCCCUCUGAACAGCAACCAGAGGGGGUCUCCAGGAGGACUGAAUGGCAAUAAAGGAAACAUCAGCCGCAAAUCCCUGUUUGAUGACCGGGCUCAAGUGGACCAAAGUCCUGCAGAUCAUCUGAAAGAAGACCAACUGCUGCUGCCUCUCAAUGGAACUGCCGUGCAUAAAGUGACAGUCGAAGCCCGACCUUUGGUGAAAAGGCUGGACCCUGGCUACGAGGAGGUCGGCUGAUGCGGUAUCACCCAACAAAGGAUCCAGUGAUGUGGAGUCAACUGGAGAGGAAAAUCAGCUAUGUUAAUAUAUAAAUAAUACUACUAGUAAUGAUAAUAUUCAUAAUGAUAAUAAU